AUGGACAAUGAUAAUGGAAAAGUGACAUGGGAUCCUUACACGACAAAGAUUCUAAUCGAUGUUUGCGUCGAGCAAAUAGUGCACAAGGAACGACAACGAACAUCAUUUAAAAGGCCCGGUUGGGGGAAAAUUGAAAAGAACUUUCAGGAAAGGAGCAGGAGAAAGUACGACAGCAGGCAAUUGAAGAAUAAAUUUGAUAUGUUGAGAAAAGAUUGGAAGUUGUGGGAUAAACUAAUAUCUGGAGAGACUGGGAUUGGUUAUGCUGUAGCCACAAAUAGGGUUUUGGCCUCCGAUGAGUGGUUGACCCUAACUUCAAGAAAUUUAGACAUCAGGGUUGAUGUUUGCAUCAGAUCUACAGAAAAUAAUCAAAGAUGUUGUGGCUUCGGGAGACUAUAUGUAUGCACCAUCAGCCUCACAGCCCCAGUUGACACCUGUGACAUAGGCUGA